CUACCGUCUACAAAUACCUUUCCCCCCGCGUCAAUUUUCUUUCAAUCUUUUCCCCCAAAUUGAAACCCUAAAUCCUAAACAACACUUUAAAUGAAAAUUUAAACCCAAGGGGGAUUUCGUUAAAAAUGUCAGAUGUUCCACCUCUGAGAAAGUCGGCCGUGAUCCGAUCCGUUUGGUCUCACAAUAUGGAAUACGAAUUCGAUUUAAUCAGAUCCAUCGUCCACGUCUUUCCGAUCAUCUCAAUGGACACGGAAUUCCCCGGCGUUGUUUUCAGGCCAUAUUCCUCCGGCGCCGGCUCCCACUACGCACGGCCGGCUGACGUCACGGCGCAUUAUAAUAGUCUCAAAGCGAACGUCGAUAUGCUGAAGAUGAUCCAACUCGGCUUAACUCUCUCAGACGAUAACGGAAAUUUACCAGAUCUCGGCACCGAACACUAUUUUAUCUGGGAAUUCAAUUUCAGAGAUUUCGAUGUCGCGAACGAUGCCCACGCUCACGAUUCCGUCGAGCUUCUCCGUCGCCAAGGCACAGAUUUUGAAAAAAACCGUGAAUUCGGGAUCGACUCGGUCCGGUUCGCGGAACUGAUGAUGUCAUCGGGACUCGUUUUGAAUGAAGAAGUUACGUGGGUGACUUUCCACUGCGCAUACGAUUUCGGAUACCUUGUGAAGUGCUUGACAGGCCAGUUGUUACCGUUCAAACUCACCGAUUUCUUGAGCCUCGUGCGCAUGUUCUUCAGGGAAAGAGUCUACGAUGUCAAACACCUGAUGAGGUUCUGCGCUGGCUUGUACGGGGGGCUCGACCGAGCGUCUGACGCUCUGUCGGUGAACAGGGCCAUUGGAAAGAGCCAUCAGGCCGGUUCCGAUAGCUUGCUGACAUUGGACGCGUGGUUGGAGGUCAAAAGAAGGUAUUUUGGGGAAGGGGAUGUUGAGAAUUAUGCUAAUGUUCUUUAUGGUUUAGAACUUGAAUCUUCAUGAAAUUUUAAUGCAUUCUCUGUUGAUAAGUACUCAUGUUUGUGAGAAAUCUCAUGGCAUUUGUUUUUAGUUAGAUUUUUGUACACAGUUUCUGGGUUGUUGAUCAAUCAUCAAUAUUAGUAAUAGUUUCAGUUCCAUUCUUUCA